AUGUCCCCGGGGCUCCCCGGCCCCGCGCUGGCCCUGGGGCUUCUGGCUCUGCUGCUGCCUGGGACUCGCAGUGACUGUGGACCCCUGCCAAAGCUGAAUUAUGCUAUCCCCUCUGAUAUGGAUUGGAUAGAGGGCUUCCCUGUUAACACACAAGUUACAUACAAGUGCCGUGAUGGCUUUUUAAAAAUCCCUGGAAAGUCAGACACUGUAGUGUGCCUUUCAAACUCGCAAUGGUCAAACAUCAAUGAGUUUUGUGGUCGUAGCUGUGAUGUCCCAACAAGGUUAAAGUUUGCUGCCUUAAAUAAGGAAGAUGAGAUGAAGAAUUACUAUCCUGCUGGGAUCACUGUGAGAUAUACUUGUCGCCCAGGGUAUGAGAACAUCACAGAAAUGCUUCUUGUUAGUACUUGUCUUGACAACUUAACAUGGUCAGAAGCCCCUGAGUUUUGUAGAAGGAAAUCAUGUGGUCAUCCAGGAGAAGUAUUCCAUGGCAGAGCUGUUCAUAAAACAGAAUUUCUGUAUGGUGCAAAAAUAGACUUCCUCUGUGAAGAUGGGUACAAAUUAAUUGGGCGGCCUUUCAUUCAUUGUGUGCUUAAGGGAGAUGAAGUUGAAUGGAGUGAACUUCCAGCUUGCCGAGCGAUUACUUGUUCUUCCCCUCCUUACAUUGCCAAUGGAAUGUAUGAUGGCAGGGGUGUAGAAAAUUUUGCUUAUAACUCAACAGUAACUUACAGAUGUGACCGUGGGUUCCAGCUUAUUGGAGCUGCCUCCAUUUAUUGUACAACAAAAGAUAAAACAAGUGGAAUCUGGAGUGGACCUGCUCCUAAAUGCAAAGACACAACUGCACGUGUCCUAUUAAAAGGAAAUGAAACAAGUGGUACUUUCUCAGGUUCUUAUAAUACAUCCAGUAACAUGGUACCCGAGCAGCAUCUGAAAAAGAAAAUAAAAAGCAGACCAUAUUAUGUAUCACAAUUUCAAAACAAAUAUUUCACCAUCACUUCCUCCCGUUCUUCCUCAUUUCCCAGUGGUGACCUGAGGACGCGAGAUAAUUGGAUUACUCCACCACUGUUCAGAUUUGCUGUACCCCUGUACGUUAAUCGGAACUAUUGUUCUGUCAGAACAAAUGAAAGAUCUAUUUGCCGCCAAAGUUACAUGGGAAUCUCUGGAGUAUUACCCAGCGCCACGUGCUUUCAAAACUUAAAAUGGUCAGAAGUCCCAGGGUUCUGUGGAAUGUGUGCUGCACCUCCACUUUGAAGUUGAAAUGGGCUUAGUCGUCUUCUGGUAAACUGGACAGUACAGCUUACUAGAGGGGAGCCUAGACACGUAUGAGAGAGCCCUUAAGAUCCCUGAAGAUUGCAGAAGAACUAUGCAAACAGAUAUUCUGAUGCUCCCAUGAAAUUUUUACAAAGGACUUAUCUCAUCAGAGCACCUUUCUCUUCAUGUCUGAAACAUGAAAGAGCCCCGAAAAACCUGCCUGCCUUCAAUGUUAGAUAAUCUGGGAGCAGCUCAGUUGCCUCAUCCAUGCUGUACACUUACUGCUAAUUUCCAAAUAUAAUAUUUGGUAUAAACUAAGAUAUUAAUUGCUGCUUCCAUAUGUAUGGCUUGUUCCUGGGAUCUGUUAACUGAUAUUCAUGAGUGUUCUAUUUCAGGUGACUUUUAAUUUCUUCUCUUUAUAUUGAGAAUAGCCAUUAUCUU